UACAGAGAGAUUAGAUCAUUUAUCUUUUUUUUUUUUGUAACCUAGAGGGUAAUCUUUCUAAUUGGAGUGGGAAAAAUUAGCUCCUCUAGCAACAGAUACCAGACUUUGACAUGUGAAAACUCUCUGGAAUAGUAAAAGCUUCAUGUUUUAUGAAUACAUACCAGCAACAAGGAGAAAAGGCUUUAUGAACAAAUUAAAUGGGUUUGCAGUAAAUUAUAUCUCUCUCUCUUUUUUUUUUUUUUGUGUGUGUGACCGCAGGACGCAAUCACAAUGACUAAAACUCAUCUCAAAAAUCUUAUUUUCUAGAGAUGUGUACAAGCCAACCAGGCAUUGUCCCAUCAAUUAAAAAAAAAAAAAUCAAGCAAUGCUUAUCAGUAUGUACCAGAUUCGUUAGAGUCUCUAAGACCCCCAUUUUGCCUUUUAUUCCAAAAGAGUGUGUGUACAGCAGUUGAAAACUCAAUAUUAUUGUAAUCUUUACAAGGAACAUUGAUAACUUAAAGAGACAGUAUUACAGGCAUCCAGUGACAUUUUUAAGAUUCAUUCAGUUCUUUAUCUUGUUAUAGUUGGCCAUAAAAUGUCUCACAUUACUAAAACAUAUGACAUAAGUUUGUGGUAGAAAUUGUCUUUGUUUAGAAGUUGUUCUGUGCGUUACCUCUGUUGGUUGCCACACUAAGCUUUUUAAGCCUGCCCACUCUUACCACAGACUGGAAUAAUCUCCAAAUAGUCACCAAGGGCCACCAGGUGAGGAUGUAUCACAGCUGUGUCCUCAACUCUGGUCAGAGGAUAACCUUCAAGGGACAGAUCCGUUUACAAAGAUUUGUAAUUGUUUCCUCCUGUUCAGUGGAUCAAAAAAUUUAAUUUGUUUUUAUUGCUGUUUUUAAGAAACCACUAUUGUACAUUUGUUACAAAUGCUGACAGCACCACUGUCUGGAUAAAAAGUUUUAUUACCCAGCGUAGGAAUAUAAACUAAGACCCCAUCUGUGCCACAAAAGAAGAUGAUAUAGCACUGUUAUCCUUUUUACAAGUGGGAUAGGGUACAGUGGACUAACAGAUUAACAACUUCAAUUUCCACAGUGGAAUGAUGCUAUUUUUUUCUUGCUAUAUUUAUUCUUCAAUAAUUAUUUAUAAUGAAAAAUCAAAGUAACAUAACAAAAAAAAGAGACUAGAGUUGGGCACUUUAUUUGUCAGCUCAGUGCCGCUGGCCUUGGCCUGUAUUUGGGUUAAGACUCUGAAACUGUGUCUCGGGAUGGGCCUGUUACUAGGGGUCCGCGGACCCAUGUCAUUUCUGAGUGGCCCUCGACUGCUGGACUGGGCUAGCUGCCCCCCACACCUACAGUUUAACAAGUUUGUAUUGACUGGAUACCGUCCUGUGACAAGUGGAGCAGAAUGCCUGCGGAGCCUCUUCUACCUACACAAUGAGCUUGGCAACAUCUACACACAUGGAAUCCCGCUGCUUGGCUUCCUCUUCUUGCUGCCCCUACAUAUUUCAUGGCUUCAGCUUUCGGUGCCAUGGUUGGGUAUUGUUCAUUACCUAGCGUGUGUUAGUCCGCAGCUGGGCAGCGUGGUGUACCAUCUUUUUAUGAACCAUCAAGGUGGUGCGCCUGUGUACCACAAGCUGCUUACCCUAGACAUGUGCGGCAUCUGCCUGGUCAACACUCUAGGUGCCUUGCCAAUCAUCUACUGUACCCUGCUGUGCUACCCAUCAACACGCAGCCUCUCUCUCCUGGCAUAUUCAGCUCUUUCCAGCUACGUGAUCUUCUGUGCCGUCACCGCACACAGCAACGUUAGCCGUCUCUGCUCAUUUGCCUGGCAGGCUGCAUUCCGUUUUUUAUUUUUUUAUUUACGCUGGGUAGGGUUGGGAUCUGGGCACCCAUCAUCUCUGCGUUGCUACCUCCUCAUGGAUGGCCUGGCAUUGUUUGGGGGCAUCAUUAACGUCUCCCGACUACCUGAGAGAUUAAGGCCAGGCAAAUUUGACUACUGGUGCAACAGUCACCAAAUCAUGCACAUUCUAGUAGUAGUCAGCAUCUUGUACUUACACUGGGGCGUAUCGGCCGACCUGAUAUGGAUCAGCAAUUACUCUUGCCCUCUGGAGUGAGGGUUGAUAGCUACUAGGGAUAUACAAACAUAUAUGGUAGUGGCAGAUUUAGGAGUAAAGUAUUGGCUUGUUAGAGGAUUUCCUCUUGAACCUUGUAAAGCUGCUGUUACAUCUUCUAGCCUUAGCAGAUCUCACCCUCAAGGCUCCCACCAGGAGAUAUUUUUAGCAGAAAUCUAAACCUCUGCCCUUGUUACAAAAUAAGUAUAGUGAUAGCAGGCAUGUGUGAUAUUGGGCAAAGAGGGGGCAUGUGAGUGCAAGGUAUGACCAAGAAGGUCCAGUGAUACUGGAAAGUAGAUAUUGUAAUACAUUUAAACCAUUAGCCAAAAGAAGUGUAUUUAUAUUACCGCACAGUAUUAUGGACAUAGCUCUCUUUAUAAUGGGCACAAGAUUCGCCAAGCUGCAUUGGCAGCAGGAAUUUCUUUACCUCAAAUCUAGUUUUUUUUAAAUUUAAUAUACAGAUGGCCAGGAGUUUCUGCUUUGGGAUAGUCAUGCCAACAAUAAAAGCCUCUGGCAGAACAGCUUCAUAUAACUUACGGGGUGUGGAGGGAAUUUGUCAAGUUGUUUACACAUAGGGCCAUAACUAUUAAAUAGGCAUCUGUUCAAGUCGCCCCACCCCAGCUGAGUGACUGUUGCAAACUGGUGGAGUUAUAAAUAUUAAGGCCCACAAGCCUGCACCGCAGUGACCCUCUGUGCCAGGUUACGUCCUACAAUCGCGACCAAUAACUGGUCACAUUUCUGCAAAGUGGUUACAUUUCAAAAAUAUUUUUACAUUUUCCCCACAUGUGUCAGUUUUACACUCAAAUUAAACGAUGAAGUCUGUGGUGUAAUCCUAGCUACAUCACUAGUGACCCUAUGCUAAUUAUCAAGUGGCCUAAGUGUACAGGGUCUUGAGCAUUUCAGUAUGUGAUAAUAUUAAUGUCUAUACAACAUGCAGCCCUUCUGGGAACUGAAGAGUUAACUAUAGCCGUCUUGGGCUUCCUGAGCCAAGGCUCAUAAGCUUAUACUUAGCCCUUGCAGAUAAGCAGGGUGGUGGUAUAUGUCCCAGGGGUCUGCACAAGGCCAGUAUUACUGAUGCAAUAAAACAAGAAAUCUG